GAUUUAUUUUUAAAGGAUUCACAUCCGUAUGGAUUAUAUAAGAAAUUUUUUAGAAGUGUCCCUGAAGAAAAAUAUACUCCUUGUUGCAGGUCUUAUAAAUAUAAUUUUUAUAAAAACCAAGAAUUUUAUGAACUUUGUAAAAGGUAUGAAAAUAAUUUCAAAGAAUUAUCAACAAUUAUGAAUGGAGAGCUAGACAGCAAUGAACAAUGCAUAUUUUUAAAAUUUUGGUUAAAUGAAGAAAUAAGGAAAUUGUUCAAAUCAACUGGUACGAUUUCAUUAAAUGAGAUUUUCAUUUUAAGUGCUUUUUUUUCUGUAUCAAAUAUGCUUAAUAGUGGAUUAACAGAAAAUAGAUGUAUAUAUAAUUAUAGCGGGAGAAUAAACAUGGAAUUAUGGAAAAAAUGGAAAGACUUAUAUGAUUAUAUAAGAAAUAAGGAUAACCUUCAAGAUGUAAUUGAUUCAAGUAAGCAACUAUGUGAUGUAUAUCCAAAGUAUUACAGAUAUAUUGAAGGGAUAUAUAAUAAUUAUAAAGAAGUGUGUUGUGAUAAAAAGAAUGGUAAUUGUCCCAAUGAACUAUACUUUAAAGAAUGGUGUACUCCUGGAAAGGUUUUAACUAAAUUAGCAUGCAAUAACCAUGCGGAGAAUAGUGGAUCUUCCGCAGAACGUGCACAAGAUCUCGAAGAAAAAUCAAAAGGAGAUAGAGAAGAAGAAAAAUCAGAGACAGUUGGAGGAGGUAAAGAUCUAUUAACAGCAGAAGGAGGAGGUAAUACGAAGGUACCAUUAACAAAAGAUGGAAUAGUAUUACCAGCAGUAGGAUCGCACGUUACUAUGUUAGACACUGCAGCCCAUGAAGAUCAUGCUGAUUCAGAAAAUAGUGAUGAAGUUUCUACUCAUACUAUAUCCAACCCUACAGGAACUGUAAUAGGUACUUCUUUAGGAUUUGUUCUACCUCUAAUAACGAUAUAUAGGUUUACGCCUUUGGGUUCAUGGAUAAAUACUAAAUUAUUCAGAAAAAAUAUAUUAAUGGAAAAUAUGAAAAAAAAUGAACGAGAAUUACUAUUAAAUAGUUCAGAAAUUAGAGAAAUGAAUUUAGAUCAUACGAGGUAUAACAUAAUGUAUAAUUCUGCACAUAAUGAAUAA